AUGAUAACAAUUGGAAGAGAUAAAAAUCAAAUUACCACAACUUAAAAUCAUAGGAAUAGAAGAAUUAUCAAGGAAAAGGUUUUGCCUCAAAGAGAGACCCUAGAUAUUAAUUCAGUUCAACUUGACCCAAAUUAGUCAAUUUUCGCUAAGGGUUCAAAUCUAUUCAAUAAACCUAUCGCAAACUUCGGUAAUCAGAAUGAUGCAUAAUCCAGUUAUCAACUAUAAAACUCAAACUUUAAUUCUAGCAAUCUCAGUAUGAUAACUUAGACUAACUUUGGUAGCAGUAAUUCCUUUCAAAAUUAGCAAAGUAGUAAUUUCAAUAGUGUUAAUGUGAACAAUAACUAGCCUUAAAAUAGACUUAACAACUUUUUCCAUGGUUCAGCAAAUUCAAAUAAUCAGUAAAACAAUGCAAAUAAAAGUGCUACUUAAAAUACGUAAUAAAACCUAUUCGCUUAACUAUACUAGACUAACACCAAUGCUGCAAAUAAUAACAAUAAGAAUUAAAAUAACAAUUCAAAUGGAGUCAAUUAGAGAAACGAAAACAGUAACAAUAUCAAUGGUGGAGGGAAUGUAAGCGACUUUAAUAAAUAUCUAGUACCUAGCAAAGAUGAAGCUUUUGUAACACCAAGAAAAGAGAACAAAAUGCAAGAUAGUCGAUCUUCUGAUGAGGGUGAGAUAGUCUUGGUAAAUAAUCAGAAUCAGCCUAUGCAGUAAACUUAGCUCAGACAAAAUUUAACUUAACAUAACUCCAAUACUAAUUAGUCUCAAUAGAUUAACAAAGUUAACGGUUAGUCAUAUGUUCAAUAAAAGAUCUAAGAGUAGUAAAGGAGAAUCAAUGAUCCCCUAAAAUAUCAAACUCAUAAUACUGGUGGAAAUAAAUAAUAGACCUCUAAUAAUUAGGCCACUAGUUUUUAGCAUAUUCAACCCAAACCCAUAAGUAAUCUCUCCUAAAAUUAGCAACCUAAAGAAUUCCUUACUCCUGAAGCUAAACCUUAAACCAGCUAGUAGCAAGCAUUAUCAGCUAGUUCUCAUAGCAGUUAAGAUUCUGAUAAAACAAAAGUUAAAACUGAAUCUGAAAUCCUAGGAUAAAUGUUGAGAUUAGGCUAUGGUAUGCGUUGGAUGAGAUUGUAGAAACUAGGGGAUUAUCUAAAAUGA